AUGACCCAGGGUGCCUCGGGGCUGACGCCCGGCUGGGGCUGGGGCUGGGACGGGGACGACGACUGGGAUAGCGCGGUGCUGACCCUGCUGGCGCUGGCUGUGGUGGCCGUCACAGCACUGGCUUUGCACUGGUUUGGCUCUGGGCAGGAUCAGGAGGACACGGGAGCAGCAUCCACAGCCCCCCGGACUCAGCCUUCUCAGGUGGGGGGAGCCGGGCCAGCCCUGCCCCCAAAGUUCAAGGUCAGUGGUGGCGCCGGGGGACAUAGCUCAGGGGAGGAGCAGCCAGACCCUGCAGGACACGGCCAGGGAAGUCCAGCUGCAGCAGGAGCCCUGCAGCAGGAUCCCCUGGCGGGUGAAGCUCUGGCUGCCCCGGCCGCAUCUUCAUGCAAGACACCUUGUGGAGUGGCCAGCGGAGGGGCCUUGGGACAGCAGCAUGGUGACGCCACCCCAGAAGGCCGCCAAGGAAAAGGAAGGGAGCCUCGCAGGCCAGGCGCGGCCUUCCUGGGUAGGAGCAAAGCAGAGGGGACGUCUGCCCCUCUCCUGAUAUACUUCACCCCUCGGAGUCCCGGCAGAGAAGUGGACAUGCAGGUGGGGGCGGAAGGCAUCCGAGCCAAGGCACCAGCUUUCCGGGCCCCAGUCCACACAGUGGAACAGGACACCAGCCCCUGGCGGGGAGGGGUGGGCUCAGCUGGCUCCCUGGGGAGGAGCCCAGGCAGCAGGCGGCGGCAGGUGGACCACAGCUCAGGAGAGAAAAGCUGCGGCUCCUCCAGGCUGGCCCCCCUGCCUGUGGGCACCGUGGGGCGUGUGUGGGGAGCUGCGGAUGGAGCCAGGAGCCUCCUCAGGGGCUCCCAGGGGCUCCUGUUCCCCCAGGAGGCACUCCCAGCACACCCUGUGCAGACCGGGCCCUGGAGGGAUGUCUCGGAGAGGGGACCUGGGAAAAGCAGCCCCUCACCCGCCCCAGACCUGACUCUGGACUCUGGGGUCAGAGCUGGUGAGGAGUCUCAAGGGUCCCCAGCUUCCAUGGAAGGCUGGCCCUGGCCAGCCCCUGCCCCAGCCCCAGCCCGACCCCCUGCCCCAGCCCCUGCCCCAGCCCCAGCGCCAGACCCUACCCUAGCCCCAGCGCCAGACCCUACCCUAGCUGCAGCCACAGCCACGGCCCCAGUGCCUGCUAGUGGGUCAAGGCUUGUACCUCAGGAGCCUAGUGUGGUUCUCAGCAAGGACGAUCAGGAGGGGCCGUUCCCCACUAGUUGGGGAAACCUUAUUUCAAUGGUUCUUAGGAGUCACCCCUUCCCCAGGCAAGAGAGGCCCCAAGGGAGAGCCCCAAGGGCAGCUCUGGGAAGCAGCACUUCCAGGGCCUCUGAGGACAGAAGGGCUGGCUCUCCCCCUGAAGAGGCUGUCCCCAGCUGUGAGGACAGGCGCGGCUCAGCCAGACUGUUCACAGGGGCAGACGCAGGGGCCCUGGCUGAGGCCGGAGGUCACUCACAGCAGAGCAGCACUGAGGCCAGCCAGGCUCCCGUCACAGGCCCUCCAUCAGGCCCCAAAGGGGUCAGAACUGAGGAGGAACAUCCAGCCUCACUGCCACCUGCAGCUGCAGUGCCCGGGGCCCUCUCUUGGCCUCCCGAGCAGACCCGGUCUGCAUCCUCCUCCCCAGCCAGGUGGGGGUCACUGCCGGUCCCCCGGCCACGGAAACGCAGCAUGUGUGAAAUAGCCCAGAGCGCUGAGCCGGAGGUCAGCCGGGUGGCCCCACGGCAGCGCCAAGGACAGGCGCCUGGGGAGAGGCCCAGCCCUGCAGGCAGUGGGGCUGCCCUCACAGAGAAGCAGAAGGAGGCCCGAAAACUCAUGGUGUUUCUGCAGAGGCCGGGGGCCUGGGGGGGCGUGGAGGGGCCCCGGAAGCUCAGUUCCCCUGCACAGGAGCUGGCCUCAGCAGUGGCCCUGCCGCCAUGGGGGCUGGACCUGGGCAGCUGUCUGGAUGUACUGGCCUUCGCCCAGCAGCACGGGGAGCCCAGGUUGGCCCAGGAGAUCUAUGCCCUGAUGAGCGACAACCUGCUCCACGUGCUGGGAGACCCGAGCCUCUACCGGCAGCUGAGUGGGGCUGAUCGGGAGCGCAUCCUGAGCCUUCGGACUGGCCGGGGCCGGGCGGUGCUGGGGGUCCUCGUGCUGCCCAGCCUCUACCAGGUGAGCCGCUCGGGGCUCACGAGGGACCCCAGCGGGGCGGGGGCUCCCGGGGUGGGGCCAGGGCCCCUGCCUCCCUGCCCCUCCCUGCAUGUGCUCCACCCCGGGGAGAACACAUGGCAGCCCCUGACCCAGGUGCCUCAGGAGGUCCCGCUUCGGGGCUGUGGCCUCUGCACCCUGCACAACUACCUGUUCCUGGCGGGCGGCAUCCGUGGAUCUGGCGCCAAGGCCGUCUGCUCCAACGAGGUCUUCUGUUACAACCCUCUGACCAACAUCUGGAGCCAGGUGCGGCCUAUGCUGCAGGCCCGCGCCCAGCUCAAACUGGUGGCGCUGGACGGGCUGCUCUAUGCCAUCGGGGGCGAGUGCCUGUACAGCAUGGAGCGCUACGACCCGCGCACAGACGCCUGGACCUCCCGCGCACCCCUCCCCGCAGGCAGCUUCCCUGUGGCUCACGAGGCUGUGGCCUGCCAGGGGGACAUCUAUGUCACUGGGGGCCACCUCUUCUACCGCCUGCUCCGGUACAGCCCCGAGAAGGACGUGUGGGACGAGUGCCCCUACAGUGCCAGCCAUCGGCGGUCCAGCGACAUGGUGGCCCUGGGGGGCUUCCUGUACCGCUUCGACCUGCUGCGGGGUGUGGGCGCUGCGGUCAUGCGCUACAACACGGUCACGGGCUCCUGGAGCCGCGCUGCCUCCCUGCCCCUGCCGGACCCUGCCCCGCUCCGCUGCGCCGUGCUGGGCAACACCAUUUACUGCCUCAACCACCGGGUCACGGCCACCUUCACGGUCUCCGAGGGGACUGCCCAGUUCCAGGCCAAGGAACUACAGCCUUUCCCCCUGGGGGCCAAAGGGGUCCUCUGCCCGUUCACCCUGACCCUGCCCGCUGCGGACCCACUGCAGACUGCCCUCUGA